CAGAUCAUAGAUGCCAAGGGAGUGGGGCUCACACCUCUUGGGGUCCCCUCUCUGCCCCCUGAGGAUCUGGCACACAGUAGGUGCUCAAUAACAGCUUGUUGUGGGUGAAGCAAUUGGUGUCCCUCCACCUGCAACUCAGCAGCUUUUUUGGACUGCAGACCGAGGGCAACCAGGGUUGUCCUGGUCCCGCCCCUGGGGCUCACCUGCUUAAGGAAACAGGAACAGGCCAGGGGCAACAGCCCCACCCCGCUGACGUGCAGACCCUGAAUCGAAACCAAGGCUCCCACAGGCUCUGAGCCCAGCAAGAGUGAGAGCCUCGGCUGCUCAAGAGUCUCCCAGAAUGCCUUUGGGUCUCUCCCAGGAGGGUGUGCUCAGCAUCUGUCUGUCUCCUGGCAGAAGAAAGUCAAUAUUGACCGGGUAACCGCCCCCCCCAGGAAGCCAUGACGGAGGCCAGAAAGCUGCCCCCGCCGUUGCCCCCACGGCUGGACUGGUUCGUGCAGACGCAGGUGGGCCAGCUGGCCCAAGGAGGGGUUCCUGCAUGGUUCCACGGUGCCAUCUCGAGAGAGGAUGCCGAGAAUUUGCUGGAGUUACAGCCACUGGGAUCCUUUCUCAUUAGAGUGAGUCACAGCCACGUGGGCUACACACUGUCCUACAAAGCACAAAGCUGCUGCCGCCACUUCAUGGUGAAGCUCUUGGAUGAUGGGAGCUUCAGGAUCCCUGGGGAGGAGAAGACCCAUGCCUCGCUGGAUGCCCUGGUCACUUUUCACCAACAGCAGCCGGUGCGGCCACAUGGAGACCUGCUGACACAGCCCUGUGGGCAGGAGGAUCCAGUGAAUGUGGAUUAUGAGGAUCUCUUCCUUUACUCCAAUGCAUUGACUGAGGAAGUCACCAGCCCCGCACAUGGCCCCAGGGAACUUCAGAGUCCUUCCUCCUAUCCCAGGGCUGCUGCACCUGAGGAGACCUCAACGAGGCCUGCCCUCCUCCACUGGCCGAAGGGAAGGAAGCCAGCAGCAGAGAUGGACAGAGCUUCCAUGCAGGAAGCCACUUCCCCCUCCCCACCGAAAGCUCCUCUUGCGGAGACCCGCCGGAAACUCUGGAAGAACCUCAAGAUGCUGCCACAGAUGGGCAAGAGGGUCCAGCAGCAGCUGACAUCCCACCAGACAUCUAUGAACUCGUCGUCACUCUGGAGUUCUGGGCCACCGGUGGUGACACACAGCUCGGGGGCCAGGCCAGGUGACACAAACUGUGAAGAUAAUGUCAACACAGACUGCUUUGUGGCCACGCCCAUUGCAAGCCCCUCAGAGCCCCAGGAUCUGAGAAACAGAGGUGACCCCUCCAGGAGGGCCUCAAGAUUGGCCAGCUGGAGCGAGGCGACCCCGAGUACCAGGAGUUGGCACCAAGUGGUCGUGAGGGCCCUGUCCUCAAAAGUGUCCAAAUCAGAGACAAAGGACUUGAUAGAACCCCAGAAGGACUGGCUCCCUGAGGAGUACCGCCCACCACCGCCCUUUGCCCCUGGGUACUGUUAGAGAGGAGGUUUGCCCUGGCUCUGGGACCCUCGCUGCCAGGGGCUGCUCACACUGGACCCCUGGUCUAUCUGCCAGUCCUCAGAAACCUGAGAAAUGUAAUACAGACAUUGCUUGGGUCUGGUCCUGCAGUUGCCAAUGGGGUGGCCUGGUUACUUGCAUAAUAAUAACAAUCGGUUACAGCAAGGGUCUGAGGCACCUACUGGGUGCCAGACCCCAUGCCAAAGCCUCUAAGUUCAUCAUUUCUGUUACGCCUCUGAGCAGGCCCAGUAGGUAGGCUCAUCCUGUAUAUCUUGAAGAAGAGACUAAGGGUCAGAGAGCAGGAGAGACAUGGCCAGGGUCACCCAGCCACAGGGCGUCAGUGUCAGGAUUUGAAACCCAGUCCGUUGGAGCCCUUUCCCCACAUCCUUUGCACCUGGCUCAACUCCAAGUACAUCCUCGCCUGUAAACGGAGCUGUUCACACCUUCCUCCUGUGGUUCUCAUGCAGGUGGAGGAGGUGACACCUGUAGAGGGCUUGGCACACAGUACACAUUCCUGACACCACGUUCAGCUUUAGGAGAGGCAUAUGAGCUCCUUUCUUUAAAGAAGGAGAGAUGGGAUGCCUGGGUGGCUCGGUGGUUGAGCAUCUGCCUUCAGCUCAGGGCCUGAUCCUAGGGUCCUCGGAUCAAGGACCGUAUCGGGCUCCCUGCUUCUCCCUCUGCCUAUGUCUCUGUGUCUCUCAUGAAUAAAUAAAUAAAA